AUGAAAAUCAGCAAUUCCACGGGCCCGCGCGGUCCCGCCAGGACGGGAGCGGCGAGCGGCGUCUCGGGGGUGCGCUCGAGCGAUGCGAUUGGAUCCACGGGCGCCGUGGGCGGCACCGGCCGGGUCGGCGCGCCGCAGGAUGCCGCCUCGAUCCUCGGCCUGUCCGAGGCGGAGCUGACGCCGAAGGUCCGCGCCGCCCUCGACCAGCUCAUCGGCGAGGUCGCCCGCCUGCGCGAGGAGCUGGACCGCGCCAAGCGGCGCGUCAGCCAUCUGGAGGAGCUGGCCGACCAGGACACCCUGGUGCCGAUCGCCAACCGCCGCGCCUUCGUGCGCGAGCUCACCCGCCUGAUGGCCUUCGCCGAGCGCUACGACGCGCCCGGCGCGGUGAUCUACUUCGACGUCAACGGCAUGAAGCAGAUCAACGACAGCUUCGGCCAUCCGGCCGGCGACGCGGCGCUGAAGCAUGUCGCCGAGAUCCUGCUGCGUCACACCCGCAGCUCCGACGUGGUCGGGCGGCUGGGCGGCGACGAGUUCGGCGUGAUCCUGGCUCAGAUCGAAGAGGAGAUGGCGGUCGGCAAGGCCCAGGAGCUGACCGACGCGAUCAUCUCGGAGCCGGCGGUGUGGAACGGCCACGAGCUGGAGGUGGGAGUCGCCUUCGGCGUCUACGCCUUCUCCGGCAAGGAGCAUGUCGACGAGGCGUUGUCCGCCGCCGACCAGCGGAUGUACGCGCACAAGCGCAGCAAGCUCGCCACCGCCGGCGAGUAG